UUUCACAACUUCAGCAAAAGCCAAAGCAGCCAACAAAGCCACAGCCACCUGGGCUGUGCUGGGCUCUGCCUUUUGGGUAGCUCCCUGGCCACUCCCCAGAAACAGAGCAUUCUGUCCUUUCUCUUUUUAAAUCCACGUCAUCACCUGAUCAUAAUGGAAAUCAAUCUCAAGUCACCGCGCAAAGGCGUAUCCAUGGCAACCUCAAGAGGAAGGACAGAGAAAUGAUGCUCCAGUGGCUGCAGCAGAAAAGAUGCUGACGGCUGUUGGAGGCUCAUGUUCCUGGACCCUGCCGAAGCCUCGAGGUUUCUACGGCUCCCUGCGCCCCGGCGGCCGCCGCCGCCUAACGGUCGCCCCGGCAACCACGCUGUGCGCUGGUUGGCUCGCCCUGUCCACAGUUACCCCGGCAACCGCGCCGCGCGCCGCAGGUUCCGGUGGUUCGCCCCGCCCAUCGGCCUGCGUAAGUGCGUCGUCUCUAUGGUGGCGGCGGAUUCGGAGGGACCUAGCGAUCCUGGAGUCAGGCAAGCCGACCAGGGGCUACUGGAUGUUCCGCCGGCAGCGUUCCAUCCCUCUUCGAGGCUCGGCUGCCGCCCUGUGCAACAACCUCAGUGUGCUGCACCUGCCGGUCUGCAACCUCACACAUUUUGGGGUAGUGCAUGGACCCAGCGCCCAGCUUCUCAGCGUUGCUCCUGAGGGUGUGCCCUUGGCCCAGCGCCAGCUCCACGCUAAGGAGGGAGCUGGAGUGAGCUCCCCACUUAUCACCCAGGUCCACUGGUGUGCCCUCCCCUUUCGGGUAUUGCUGGUGCUCACCUCACAUCGAGGAAUACAGAUGUAUGAGUCUGACGGCUCCGUCAUGGUCUAUUGGCACGCGCUGGACUCCAGAGAUGCCUCUCCAGUACAGGCUAUGUUUGCCCGAGGAAUUGCUUCCUGUGGCCAUUUCAUCUGUGUAGGAAUGUGGUCAGGCCGGGUACUGGUAUUUGACAUACCAGCCAAAGGUCCCAACAUUGUACUGAGUGAAGAGCUGGCGGGGCAUCCGACGUCAGUCACAGACAUCGCCAGCGAGCCUGCCCAGGAACAGGACUGCAUGGCUGACGUCGUGACAGCAGACGACUCAGGCUUGCUUUGUGUCUGGCGGUCGGGCCCUGAAUUCAAAUUACUGACCCGAAUUCCCGGAUUUGGGGUCCCAUGCACUUCCGUGCAGCUGUGGAAGGGGAUCGCAGCAGCGGGCUACGGGAACGGGCAAGUGCGUCUGUACGAGACCAGUACAGGAGCUCUACACGUCCAGAUCAACGCCCACGCCCGGGCCAUCUGUGCCCUGGACCUGGCUCCGGAGGUGGGCAAGCUACUUUCUGCAGCCGAGGACACCUUUGUACACAUCUGGAAGCUGAGCAAACGCACAGAGAGUGGCUGCACCGAGGUGGAACACUGUCACGGUGAGUGUGUGCCCGACACUCAGGUGUGUGGCGCCCGAUUCUGUGACCCCUCAGGCAGCUCCUUUGCUGUGACUGGCUACGACCUCGCUGAAAUCCUGAGGUUCAGCAGUGAGUGAGAACAGAAAAGCCCUCCUUCCUCCCUGUGGUGUUCAUAAAGUGCCUCCUCCACCUA